GUCAUUAAGCAUCGAUCGCUCUGGUUUUGAUCGUGGUUUUUUAUUUUGUUUGUUGGUUGAAUUGUGAAGUCUUGGUAUUAGGUUUUUGGUUUGGGUUGUUUUGAUUUGCUGGAAUUGUGAAGGCGGGAAGUUCUUAGCCUCAUUCGUAGAGAGCAAAGGAAGUGCAAACGAAAUGGCGUUGUGCGGGCGCUUCAGAUCUUCGAGCCUCCCUCUUCUCCAGAAGCUUCUGAAAUCCGGUUCGAUCUCCGCUCAUGGAUCGCCCGUUCAACGGUCGCUACUCUGCCCUGCUCUCAAUUCUUCCGAGUUCUCAAGGAAUCAUGCCACUGCAUCAGGAGCAAAGGAACGGAAAAUUGAGCCCCUUCCCCCACAAGAGGAGAAAGAACUGAAGGAGACACUGCAGGAUAUAAUCGGCCAUGGGAAGAAGGUGAAGCUUGAGCAGAGAUUGAUCCCAGUAUUCUUGGUGGAAUUCGAUCAGAAGAUGUUUGAUAUGUCCAUAAAGACCAGAGCAAGAGAGAUGGAGAGGUUCCUGCGUGACCCCAUCAAUUUUGAUAGCCUCUAAAUAGAAGUCCUUUCUCCCCUUUCAGGUUUAACUUGUUCCAUCAGUUCCCAUGGAUGCUCUUUAAGAAAGGAAAAAUAAAUUUCUAUGGUUCUUUUUUGGCUUAGGUUGCCAUCUAUGUGUUGACAAAUAAAAGCAACCUUAUACGCGCAUUUGUUGGGGACAAACCUUGAUGAGAUAAACCGCUCCUUUUCACAUUCAAGGUCAUCAAUUUGUUCAAGUAUUGUUCUCAAAAGUGCAGACGAACAUUUGAGUAAAGGUUGUAGUAACUAAUAGCCAUUUGGCUAAUUUGUUUAUGUUCAUUGUUCAUUUGAGUCAGGUGUGCUGGAGGUGGUGGGUCGUGAACAACUUCGGAGGUUAGGAAAUUCCCCAACUUUUCUAGAUUAAAAGUCCGUUUGAUAGUAAUUUUAGAAAAAUUCAAUUAUCUUUCUAAUAAAUUUUUUAUCAAAGCAUUGUUU